AUGACCAUGGCUGCUCCACCUUUUGAACAGAAAACUUUCAAAUGUUCCUACCUGUAUUGUCUUGGAUCAGAUUUGAACUAUCUAUAUUCACUUGUCUGUCUCUUUUUUUUAAUUCUUCAGGCAUACAUCGAUCUGUUUACUUUCUAUAUAAAUCUGUUUUAUCUAUAUAUCUAUUUAUCUAUCUAUCUAUCUAUCUAUCUCGGUCUUUACGUAUCUAUCUAUCUAUCUAUUUAUCUUUUGUAUUAUUACGUUAAUACAAUUAUUUUCAUAUAUUCAUUCUUGGCGUUUGUUAUUUAUUGGUACCGAAUUUCAUCCCGGAAUCCACAUCACUAUCUAUCUAUCUAUCUAUCUAUCUAUCUAUCUAUCUAUCUAUCUAUCUAUCUAUCUAUCUAUCUAUCUCAGUCGGUUCUUUAUCUAUACAUCUUAGUCUGUUCAUAUAACUCGAAUCUAUCUAUCUAUCUAUCUUCAUUAUCCAUCUGCCUAUCUCAGUCUUUUCAUAUCUAUCUAUCUCAGUCGGUUCUUUAUCUAUCCAUCUUAAUCUGUCCAUAUAUCUAUCUAUCUAUCUAUCUAUCUAUCUAUCUAUCUAUCUAUCUAUCACAAUAUCUUCAUUAUCUAUCUGCCUAUCACAGUCUUUUCAUAUCUAUCUAUCUAUCUAUCUAUCUAUCUAUCUAUCUAUCUCAAUCUCUUCAUAUCUAUCUAUCUAUCUAUCUAUCUAUCUAUCCCAGUCUGUUCGUAUCUAUCUAUCUAUCUCUAUCUAUCUAUCUAUCUAUAUCUAUCUCAAUCUCCCAUAUCUAUCUAUCUAUCUAUCUAUCUAUCUAUCUAUCUAUCUAUCUAUCUCAAUCUCUUCAUAUCUAUCUAUCUAUCUAUCUAUCUAUCUAUCUAUCUAUCUAUCUAUCUCAAUCUCUUCAUAUCUAUCUAUCUAUCUAUCUAUCUAUCUAUCUAUCUAUCUAUCUAUCUAUCUAUCUAUCUUAUAUCAUUCCUCUUGAAUUCACUCUUAAAUUUCAUUUUGCAUUCGUCUCCUUUGUUUCUUUCUCAAAUGUUGUCAUAAUCAUCUCAAACUUAUUCGUCUUUUUCGGUCUUUUCUCUAUUUAUUUAUUUCCUUCAUUUUCCUUUUGUUUUGUUUUUCAUUCUCUUUUUUUAAUGUUCGUCUCAAAUUUCUUUCAGUUUUUCAUUCAUUUGCUUUUAAAGUUUUCUUUUCCAUUUUUUUUUUUCUUUUUUUCUAUCUUUUCUUUCUUUAGAUCUUUAUUUCCAGUUUUCUUUUUCUUUUCUUUCCUUUCUAUUUUUCUUUUUCUUCUUUAUUCUUCCUUAAUUUUUCUUUUUCUUUUUUCUCUUUAUUCUUUCUUUUUAUUUCUCUUCAUUUUUUUCUCUUUUUCUUUCUCUUCUUUAUUCUUCGUUCAUUUUUCCUCUUCUUUUUUCUCGUUUUCUUUCUCUUCAUCAUUCUUUCUCUUUUUCUUUCUCUUCUUUAUUCUUGUUUAUUUUUCUUUUUCUUUCUUUCUUUUUUCUUUGUCUUCUUUAUUCUUUCAUUUUUUUCUUUCUCGUCUUCAUUCUUCCUUAAUGUUUCUUUUUCUUUCUUUCACCUUUUCUUUCUCUUCAUUAUUCUUCCUUAAUUUUUCUUUCUCUUCUUUACCCUCCUCUUUCUCUUCUUUAUUCUUUUACUUUUUCUUUCUCUUCUUUACCCUCCUCUUUCUCUUUCUCUUCUUUAUUCUUUUACUUUUUCUUUCUCUUCUUUACCCUCCUCUUUCUCUUUCUCUUCUUUAUUCUUUUACUUUUUCUUUCUCUUCUUUCUCCUCCUCUUUCUCUUUCUCUUCUUUAUUCUUUUACUUUUUCUUUCUCUUCUUUCUCCUCCUCUUUCUCUUUCUCUUCUUUAUUCUUUUACUUUUUCUUUCUCUUCUUUACCCUCCUCUUUCUCUUUCUCUUCUUUAUUCUUUUACUUUUUCUUUCUCUUCUUUAACCUCCUCUUUCUCUUUCUCUUCUUUAUUCUUUUACUUUUUCUUUCUCUUCUUUCUCCUCCUCUUUCUCUUUCUCUUCUUUAUUCUGCCUCUUUUUCUUUGA